AUGGAGCACGGGAUCAGGGAGGAAGAAGAGGCGCCGGUCUCACGCCCGCAGCUGGCUGGGAGCGGGCUUUUUUUCCUCGAAGAAAACGAUACAGGCUUCCAAAGAGUUUCGUAUCAGGCAUUGUUGCGAGGAACAGAUGGGUUUUCAGAAUCUAACUUGCUUGGGAAAGGAAGAUAUGGCUCAGUUUACAAAUGUACAUUAGAAGGUGAGGAUACACCUGUAGCUGUAAAAGUAUUUAACCUUCAACAAUCAGGGUCUUCUAAGAGUUUCCAGGCUGAAUGUGAGGUGCUGAGAAGGGUACGUCACCGUUGUCUCAUAAAGAUCAUCACAUGCUGUUCAAGCAUCGAUAAUCAAGGUCAAGAUUUCAAGGCAUUAGUAAUCGACCUCAUGCCCAACGGGAGCUUAGAUGGUUGGCUUCAUCCGAAAUCCAGCAUUGCCACUCUAAAUAAUACUCUGAGCCUAGCUCAGAGGCUAGAUAUUGCUGUUCAUGUCAUUGAUGCUCUGGACUAUCUUCAUAGUCACUGUCAGCCGCCAGUAGUUCAUUGCGAUGUCAAGCCAAGCAACAUCCUUCUUGCAGAAGACAUGAGUGCCCGAGUUGGAGACUUUAGUAUAUCAAGGAUCCUGCUUGAAAGUGCAAACAAAGCUGGGCAAAAUUCAAAUAGCACAAUCAGAAUAAGAGGCUAAAUUGGGUAUGUUGCUCCAGGUAAAUCAA